AUGGCUUCCCCCAGUGUCCUCACUUUUGAUGCUAAGGGCCGUGCCGUUGACUUUGAGGGCUGGGUCGAUGACCUCCAGCUGUUUCUUCAGUGCGAUAGACCGGACGGCCUCUCCCUGUUUGACCUCAAUUCUAGUGCCUCUCCUGCCCCUGCUGCUGAUGCUGACGCCACUGUUCACUCACAGUGGGCCACGAGCGAUGCUGCUGCUGGCCUUGCUGUGCGCCGCCACUUACCGACCACUGAGCGUGCACACUUUAGCCAGUACAAGAGUGCUCAGACCUUGUACGACGCUGUAGUUGCACGCUACUCUUCCCCUGCCACUGUUGCACUGAGCCGCCUCGUGUUACCGUACCUCUUCCCUGACCUUGCUGCCUUUCCCACAGUUGCUGACCUCAUUACGCACCUCCGCACUAGUGACACUCGCUACCGCGCUGCGCUUCCUGCUGAGGACCACUUCCUCUCAGUCUGUCCCACCACUCUCACCGUUGACCUCCUCGAGAAGGCCCUCCUAGCGAUAGAGAAGAGCAUAGUCGCUGUAGGAGUCUCUCGUGGUGACCCUCGCACCCCCAUCUUUGAGGGGUGUUCUCCCUCCCCCCUCUUGCCCUCUGUUGCCUCUUCUGCUGCGGCCGACCUCGUUGGUUUCGAGUCGGUCGGCGCUGUGUUUGCCCCGAGCGGGAAAUGCCGCACCGGCAGGGGCAAGGGGGGCAAGGGCAAUGGAGGGGCUGGAGGGGGCGGUGGAGGUGGUGGUGGAGGUAGUGGAGGGAGCGGGGGUGGUGGUGGGAGUGGUGCCGGGGGUGGCGGCGGCGACGGCAGCAGUGGAGGAGGCGGAGGCAGUGGAGGUGGUGGAGGGAGCGGAGGCGGCGGAGGUGGCGAAGGAGGCGGAGGUGGAGGAGGCGGCGGAGGCAGCGGCGGCGGCGGCGGUGGUGGAGCGGGUCGGGACUCUGCGCAGAGGAGUGGCUCAGGUGGUGGUCCGCGCCAGCAGCAGCGGAGUGGUGUGACCCUGUCCCCUCAGCACCUUCGUGAGUGGUACACUGCGCGUCAGCGCAUUGGGGGUUUUGGUCUCUGCGCUUACGCCGGGGCUGCUAUCUUUGAUCUUGAUUUUGAUGCUAUUCUUGCUGCCAUGUAUGCUGUUGAUACUAGUGUUGCGGGUGACUGUUACCUGUGUGUACCGCCUGACCCAGGCAUUGAGGCCGCUGCUCUAGGUGCCAGUGCGUCUACUGCCCCAGAUGCUGGUGAGUUUGCUCUCUCAGGUACUACGUCGACUUAG